UUCGGUACUCGGCGUGCUGCUGCAGCAUCCUUCACGCGGACAAUGAAGGCAUCCCGCAGAUCCAGGACCCUCCUGUCGGUCGGCUUGAACUUCCUCGCCCUCUUUUUCGCCAUAACCGCAUUUAUAACGACGUACUGGUGCGUGGGGACACAGAGAGUUCCCAAACCGAAGUGCAGUAAGCUGCGGACGCACCAGUGCAUCGACUACGGAGUGAACGAAACGGACCCCAACAAAGUGGUUUACAGCUGGGAGACCGGGGACGACAGGUUCUUGUUCCGACAGUUCCACACUGGCAUCUGGUUCUCAUGCGAGGAAAAUAUCCACGAUGAAAGUGAGAGAUGCCGAAGUUUUAUAGAUUUGGCCCCUGCAUCAGAGAAAGGGAUGCUGUGGCUGUCGCUCGUUUCUGAGAUGCUGUACAUUGUUUUGCUGGUGGUGGGCUUCAGCCUCAUGUGUUUGGAGUUGGUCCACUCCAGUAAUGUCAUUGAUGGACUCAAGCUAAAUGCCUUUGCUGCUAUCUUCACAGUCCUCUCAGGUCUUCUUGGUAUGGUGGCUCAUGUAAUGUACACACAGGUCUUCCAGGUCACUGUCAGCCUUGGCCCACCUGACUGGAGGCCCUACAACUGGGACUAUGGUUGGUCUUUCUGCAUGGCGUGGGCGUCCUUCACCUGCUGCAUGGGCGCAUCUGUCACCACCCUCAACUCCUACACGAAGACCGUCAUCGAGUUCAGACACAAACGCAAGACUUUUGAGCAAACUAUUCGAGAGGAGCAUGCUCGGGAGGCUUAUGGAUAUUUCCGGGAUCACUCCUUGCAUUCAAUCUCUAAAUCUGUGGAGGUUUACACCAGCCAGUCCCUAAAAUGUGGCAGGAAGACUCCCAUACCCACUGAUUCCUUGGAUUUGAGUGACUUUGCAGCGUCUUUGGGGGAAGAACAGUGCUGAGUGAACCAGAACAGUAAUGUUUCUCAUGGUGUGGCAUUUUGAAGGCCAUGGAUGCUUUUAAUCAUAUUCACCUUUGCAGACUACAAGCCACAUUGUCAGCUCCAUUGGAUGCUUUUCUAUAUUUGCCUUAACUGAAACUGGUUUUGGGGCGUCAAGCCACUGAGGUUCAAAGUUGGAUGGUCAACUUGAGAACUGGAAAAAGUGGACAUUCAAUGACAUGGAUGGAUUGCUGUUGUCUGUUUGUAUAAGUUAACCACAGUGUAGAAUUAAAAGAAAAUGCUGAGUAUACCCAUAUAAACAGAAUGAGUGUGUCAGUUGCUCACAGCCUGAUGAAGCGUUCAGUCAAUCAGAAAA